AUGUGUGAGGUCCACUCAUCUAAAGUGUACGAAGCUUGUUGUAAAGAUUGCCAAGUCCCUGUCUGUAUUACAUGCAUUAAGGAAGUACACGGCGAACACGCCAUCGGGGAGAUACAAGAUCUUUACGAGAAACAAAAGGCCGAAACUGCCGAGGAAUUGUCUAAAAUGAAGACACGGUUGAAGUCGGAGAUUAUUCAGAGAAUAAAAGAUUUCAAAAAGGGAGAAAAUGAAAUAAAGAGCGCCCAUGAGAACGUACGAGAAAAAAUGAAGAAACAAGCUCAGGAUCUGAUAGAUCAUAUCAGAGUCAUUUUGAAAGAAGCCUUGCAGGAAUCUGAGAAAGACGAGAGAAAAAAUAGAGAGGAAAUAUCCCAACAUAAAGCGGAGGCUGAGAGAUUUGAACAAAACUUGGAUCGACUGAUUGAGAAAUUUGAAACUCUCACAGAGUCAAGUCAUCCCGCCGAACUAAUUUUGUUUAGAAAACAAAAUCCUGACAUAUUUAAGCAAUUAAAACUUCCAUCCAAACUUGAUAUUGUUAUGCCUUUCUUUACAGUUGGUCAGAUCAACAAAUCUCAAAAUAAGCAUCAGUUUGGCAAGUUCAUGGCAGGUAAGGUUCACUAUGUUAAAUCACUUGAUGAAAACUCACAACAUAUAUUGCCAUCUUUGUCUGCAAGGGGGAGUACAUCCAACAAAAGAGUAUUGGGGCGUUCAGUAAAAAUAAGCAAAAAGAAAACUCAAAUGAAAAAGUUAUUUCACGUGAGUUGUCGUGAUGACAGAUCAGCGUACAUCAGUGGUGAUGGUCCUGGCAUACAACUGAUAGACAGGUCAGGGACAGAGCUGGAUAACAUCAGUACUGAGACUGAACCAUCUGGUCUGGCUGUGAUGCAGGACGGAAGUCUGAUUUACUCUGACUCCUACAAUAAAGUUAUCUACAAAGUGUCACCCAAUAAACAGAAAACAAAACUUAUAAAUGCUGAGUAUGGCCCUAGAGGACUGUGUUGUACCAGGUCAGGUGAUAUCCUGGUCUGUAUGGGUUUUUUAUAUACAGCGAGAGUGGUUAAGUACAGCAGCAGUGGGAGGAAGAUCCAGGAAUUCCAGACAGAUCAGAACGGGGAGGGACUUUUUAUUCGUCCAAGUCUUGUCUGUGAGAAUGUUAAUGAGGAUAUCUGUGUUACUGAUUGGGAAUUAUGUAAAGUGGUCGUGCUGAACAAGGGUGGAUAUCUUAAAUUUAAAUAUGAGGGGAAUGUCCCGUCAAGGAUGUUAAAAGCCACGUUUAAUCCCCAUGGAGUGGCUACCGACAGUCUGGGUCACAUCCUCAUCGCAGACAACGCCAAUAACGCCAUACACCUGAUCAGCAAGGAUGGGGAUUUCCUGUCUUACAUCCUGACAGAGGAUGAUGGGAUAUCACAACCAUACGGGAUCUCUGUGGACAUGUCCGACAAUCUGUGCCUUGUGGAACAAGACAAAGCCCGUGUCAAAGUGUAUCAGUAUCUGUCAUAA